CUCCUCUCAGGGAUAGACUCUCUCUCUCUCUCUCUUUCUUUCUAAAACUAAAACAAAAGAAAGAGAGAGAUCCCAAAUUCAACGAUAACAGAUUUUAUCUGCUUUUUUUUUUUGUUUCGUUUCUUCUCCCUCGCUCCCCACCGGAUUAUAUAUCUCACCGGAAAUCGGAUCUCUCACGUUGGUCGAUUUUUCUAUUACGGCGGCGGCCAUCGCUUUCUUCUUCUCCUCCAGGAGGCCUUCAUUGGUAUUGCUAUGGAGGGAGUUAAAUUCCCAUUUGGUGGGAUUAUUAACGAUUUCAAUGGAAGAAGAAAGUGUUACAAACAAGACUGGCUUGCUGCCUUCAAUUCUGGUGUUAGGAUACUGGCUCCAACUCUCUAUAUUUUCAUUGCCUCUGCACUACCUGUCAUUGCAUUCGGCGAGCAGUUAAGCAGAGAGACAGAUCGAAGUCUUGGCAUAGCGGAAUCAUUAGCUUCCACAGCUCUUUGUGGAAUUAUUCAUUCAGUUUUUGGUGGACAACCUCUCUUGAUAGUUGGUGUUGCAGAACCCACUAUCAUUAUGUAUACUUAUCUUCACAGCUUCAGCAAAUCCAGGCCUGAAUUGGGUCAGAAACUCUACCUAGCUUGGGCUGGAUGGGUCUGUGUCUGGACAGCAGUUUUGCUUAUGCUUCUUGCUAUGUUAAACGCAUGCAACAUCAUUUCUAGGUUUACAAGAAUUGCAGGAGAGCUCUUUGGAAUGCUCAUAACUGUUCUUUUCAUCCAAGAGGCUGUUAAGGGACUUAUCGGCGAGUUUCUUGUCCCAAAAUCUGACGAUCCAAGUUUGGAAGUGUAUCAGUUCCAGUGGCGGUAUACCAAUGGUCUGCUUGCAGUCAUUUUCUCAUUCGGUCUUCUUUACACUGCUCUGAAAAGCAGGAGGGCAAGAUCAUGGAAAUAUGGCUUUAGGUGGAUGCGAGGUUUUAUCGGGGAUUAUGGAACUCUCCUCAUGCUUGUGUUGUGGAGCGCAUUUUCAUACACAGUCCCUAGAAACCUUCCUGAAGGAGUUCCAAGGAGGCUGGAAUUGCCACUUCCUUGGGCAUCCGAGUCCUUGUAUCACUGGACAGUCGUCAAGGAUAUGGCGAAGGUCCCGCCUCUUUACAUCCUUGCUGCAUUUAUACCAGCAAUCAUGAUCGCUGGCCUAUACUUCUUUGAUCACUGUGUAUCUGCACAAAUGGCUCAGCAAAAGGAGUUCAAUCUCAAAAAUCCGACGGCUUAUCACUAUGAUAUCUUUAUUUUAGGAAUCAUGACACUAAUCUGUGGCCUACUUGGACUUCCUCCUUCGAAUGGGGUCAUUCCACAAUCCCCUAUGCACACAAAGAGUCUUGCAGUUCUUAAGAAGCAGCAAAUGAGAAAGAAAAUGGUCCAGAAAGCAAAAGAAUGCAUGAGGGAAAAAGCAAGUAACUCAGAGAUCUAUGGGAGGAUGCAAGAUGUGUUUAUAGAAAUGGAAACAUCCCCUAAGGCUACUUCAGUGGUGAAAGAGUUAGAAAACUUGAAAGAAGCAGUGAUGAAAGCAGACGAUGGAGGUGGAGAAACAAAGGGGAAGAAGUUUGAUCCAGAGGUACAUAUCGAAGACCAUUUGCCGGUUAGAGUUAACGAGCAGAGAGUGAGCAAUCUAUUGCAAUCAGUCCUUGUUGGAUUGUUGAUACUAGCGGUACCAGUUCUCAGAAUGAUACCAACUUCAGUUCUAUGGGGUUACUUCACUUACAUGGCUGUUGAUAGUCUCCCUGGGAAUCAAUUCUGGGAAAGACUUCAGUUACUAUUCAUCACUCCUGGACGUCGAUUCAAGGUUCUUGAAGGUUUACAUGCAUCAUUUGUGGAGAUAGUACCAUACAAGUCGAUUGUUAUGUUCACACUCUUCCAGCUUCUAUAUUUUCUGAUAUGCUAUGGAGUGACAUGGAUACCUGUAGGAGGAAUAUUGUUCCCUUUGCCAUUCUUCAUCCUCAUUGCGUUACGACAAUACAUCCUCCAGAGACUUUUUGAUCCAUCUCAUCUCCAAGUUUUAGAUUCUUCAGAGUAUGAAGAGAUGGUUGGUGCACCACAACGAAACUCCAGCUUCGGCUUCAAUGGGGAAUUAAGAGAGGCGCAUAAUAUUCCACUGAGUGUUGUUGAGAACAGUGAAGACGAGUUUUAUGAUGCAGAGAUUCUGGAUGAGAUUACUACAAGCAGAGGUGAACUCAAGCAUAGAACCUUAAGUGUCAAAGAAGACAGAUCCCAGAUGGUAUAUCCGGAAAACAGUGGACACUCCUAAGUCUUAUUUGAAAAGGAAAAAAAAAACAAAUCUUGUGAACAUCUUUGCUUCAAAGAAACAGAAGAGUAAGAAGAAGAAGUAAGCAGAGAAAGGAUGGGGGAACAGAGGAUACAAAUUUGCUGAUUGUUUCUUCUAUGAAACAUUUUUUUGGAUUCCUCACUUUUUGUUAUAUUUUGAUGAAUUUGUUUGCUCUCUACCUUUUUCUACUACAUAACAACAAGAACAACAAGAAAAGAAGUAAAUAGAUCACUAGACAAUUCUCUCAUUUCUGCCUUUAGGGCUAAAAGAGGAAGCUUUUUGUUACUUCUUUUUGUUUCUUAGAAAAAAAAGCAGGAUGAUUGAAACUCUAGUGCGAUAAGGAUACUUUAAAUUUCACUGCCAUAUCGAGUCACUGAUUGAGAAGUACUUAUCCUUGUCUUAUUUUUGGUUUGCACGUUUAUGUU